AUUCACUUCAUUCUCAUUCAUUUUUUUCUGCCCCAAAACCCAAAAAGAAAAACAGAAAAGACCCAUAAAAUUUCUUUUUUAUUAUCAUUUUAAAAUUUUUUUUUUUGCUCUCUUUCUGGUGGAUAUUAGAGGGAAUUAAGAUUUGGUAUAGAUUUAGAGAGAAAUGGAAGGAGGAAUUCAUGGAAGCAGUGAUGGUUCAGCUUUUAAAGAAUGUUUUUCUUUGAGUUGGAAAAAUCCUUAUGUUCUUCGUCUUGCAUUCUCUGCUGGAAUUGGUGGUUUUCUUUUUGGUUAUGACACUGGAGUCAUUUCUGGAGCUCUACUUUACAUUAGAGACGAUUUCAAGUCUGUGGAUAAAAGUACUGUUUUACAGGAAACCAUAGUAAGCAUGGCCAUUGCAGGUGCCAUAAUAGGAGCAGCAAUAGGAGGAUGGAUGAACGAUCGAUAUGGUAGACGAACUGUAAUUCUCAUAGCAGACUUCCUCUUCUUCAUUGGAGCUGUGAUCAUGGCAGCUUCACCUGGCCCUUCCCUUCUCAUUGUCGGUCGAGUUUUCGUCGGUCUUGGCGUUGGUAUGGCUUCCAUGACUUCCCCUUUAUACAUCUCUGAGGCCUCCCCUUCAAAAAUUCGUGGUGCCCUUGUCAGCACCAAUAACUUUCUCAUCACUAGUGGCCAGUUUCUCUCUUAUCUCAUCAACUUAGCUUUCACCAAAGCACCAGGCACUUGGAGAUGGAUGCUUGGUAUUGCAGGAUUGCCAGCUCUCUUUCAGUUUAUCUUAAUGUUCUUGCUACCCGAGUCACCCAGAUGGUUAUAUCGCAAGGGGAGGUCAGAAGAGGCUGAGAGGAUAUUGAGAAAAAUCUAUUCAGAAAAUGAGGUAGAGAUGGAGAUUAGAGAUCUUAAGGAGUCUGUUGAAGCAGAGAUCAAGGAGAAAGAGGCUUCUGAGACGAUAAGCUGGACUAAGAUAUUGAAAACCACAACAGUGAGAAGAGGACUUUAUGCAGGGGUUGGAUUGCAAGUUUUCCAACAAUUUGUGGGCAUAAAUACAGUUAUGUACUACAGUCCUUCUAUAGUUCAGUUGGCUGGCUUUGCUUCAAACCAGACUGCACUUCUGCUUUCACUAGUCAUAGCUGGACUGAAUGCAUUGGGCUCUAUUGUCAGCAUAUAUUUCAUUGAUAGAACAGGCAGGAAAAAGCUUCUAGUCAUCAGCUUAUUUGGUGUUAUCAUCUCUCUUGGCAUUCUAUCAGCAGUUUUUCAUGAAACAACAUCUCACUCUCCAUUAGUGAGUUCUAGAAGCACUUCACUUAAAGCUUACACAUGCCCUGACUACAAUUCUGCCAGCAAUUCUGCAUCUUGGGAUUGUAUGAAGUGUUUGGAAGCCUCAUCUCCAGAUUGUGGUUUUUGUGCUUCAGGAGCCAACAAGUUGUUUCCUGGGGAAUGUUUGGUUGCUAAUGACACAGUGAAAAAUUUAUGUCAUAGUGAAGAUAGACUAUGGUACACAAGAGGAUGUCCUAGCAAAUUUGGGUGGCUAUCACUUAUUGGUCUUGCUAUCUACAUUAUCUUCUUCUCUCCAGGAAUGGGAACUGUCCCAUGGAUUGUGAAUUCUGAGAUUUAUCCUUUAAGGUAUCGUGGAGUGUGUGGAGGAAUAGCAGCCACAGCAAAUUGGAUCUCAAAUCUUAUUGUUGCUCAAUCUUUCUUAUCCUUAACCCAAUCAAUUGGGCCUUCAUGGACAUUCUUAAUUUUUGGAUUGAUUUCGGUAGCAGCACUUUUGUUUGUCCUCACAUGUGUGCCUGAAACAAAGGGCCUUCCAAUAGAGGAGGUUGAACAAAUGCUUGAAACGAGGGCUUUGCAUUUCAAGUUUUGGAAGAAAAGGACCGAUCUAUUGGACAAGACCCAAGGAGCCUGAAAAAUCAGUACCAAAACUAGUGUUAUACAACUUAUUUUUCAUGCAAAAGUGUUUGGAUUCUAAAGGCUUGGUGUUUAUCAAUUAAUGCGUCAGAUAUGUCAAUCGAUAAAUAGCUCUAUGGAUGAGACACCUACCAUCAUCCUUAAGUUGAUAGUUUGAUUUCUCAUCUCGUAAUAGUUGAAUUUUAAAAAAAUACGUAAUGUACAAUUUUGAUUUCUUCCA